UUCAAAUUGUACUACAUGACGAGCCGAGAGUAGAUACACAUUUCAUGAAGUUUUCAUUAUAGUCAAACUGGUGUUUACAUUUAUAGUGACAAUGGAAGAAAGACUUGCGAAGAAAGAGACACAAAACUGGCUUAAAUGACAAAUAAAGCAACCAAGAUAACAUGAUCAGAGGAUGCUAACAGACAAGAACAUUUACGACGUGCCAUAAUACCAUCUACUCAUUGGUUGUCCACAAACUAACUCUCUACUGAAUGGGACAUUUAGUCUCCUGGGAAUGGCUGCCGAAACCAACAUCUUCACCGAUAAGCAGACCAAUAACUGGUUCAAAGCGUGCAUUGCCCUCAAUUUGACAAAGGAUGGAUUGACUGACUUUGUUGUGACUGAAUUAUUAAACGUCCAAACAAUAGUUGGAAGAAGUUGUGGACAAUGCUUUAUUCAAAACCUUAUACCGUGUCCAACUCGGGACGUGUGUAAAAAGAGGAAAAUAAAUAACUGUCCUUUCCACAAUUCACAACAACCAAAGUCAUGCCAAACAUGUGAUAAAGUAAAACAAAAUAUCACAUUGUUACACAGAUUUAAAGGUCCUAGUUGGGCAAACACUAAAGCUGAAUUAUGGGCAACGGAUCCGUGGGAAAUCGGUAAAUGCUACCUCCCACCGGACGGAUAUAGCAGCGUAUCAUCUGUGCAAGAAUCUGACUUCAAUGGUGUGGUUAGCAUUGUGUUGAGCUGCACACAUUUCCAGACAUGCCUCUCCGCCGCAUGUCUAUCACCGCCUCCACCUGAUAAGCAAUGCCCGCUAGAAAAGGUCCGACAAAUAGGCCGAGAUGUACGCCACACUGCCGACUGCAAGGUUACAGAUGCUGAUCUGCAGUACUUCUUUCUGAAACUGACCACCCUACUUGCUGAUCCGGUCCGCUUAUUGCAUGAUACCUCAGCGACAGAAGCGCGCAGGAAACUCAGUGAUUUGCAGAAUGAUCGUCUUUCACUUGUUGAUUUGGGCAAGAUGUUGAAAGAAGCAAAUCAGACCCUCACACAUGCAAAAGAGGCCGGAGAACGUUUUUCCAAAGAGGCUGAAAGGACCCUGAAAGAAGGACUGAAUACCUUAGAAGCUAAAAUACAGGCUGCAAAAGAACUCCUUGAAAACAAAACACAAACUAGUGAACAACGAAUUGAAAAAAAGGCACAGUCUGGUGAACAGCGCCUUGAAAACAAGACACAGGCUGGAGAACAACGCAUUGAAAACAAGACACGGGCUGGAGAAAAAAGCAUUGAAAACAAGACACAGGCUGGAGAGCAAAGCAUUGAAAACAAGACACAGGCUGGAGAACAAAGCAUUACAAACAAAUCACAGGCUGGAGAACAACGCAUUGAAAACAAGACACAGGCUGGGGAACAGAGCAUUGAAAACAAGACACAGACUGGAGAACAAAUAAUUGAAAACAAGACACAGGCUGGAAAACAAAGCAUUGAAAACAAAGCACAGGCUGGGGAACAGAGCAUUGCACACAAGACACAUGCUGGAGAACAAAGCAUUGAAAACAAGACACAGGCUGGAGAGCAAAGCAUUGAAAACAAGACACAGGCUGGAGAACAAUGCAUUGAAAACAAGACACAGGCUGGCGAACAAAGCAUCGAAAACAAGACACAGGAAAGCAUCAACCGCAUAAAUCAAGCAGCGAUUGGAAAUGAGCUAGACGAAUACGAGCGUGGUGUAACAGAGUUUCGCGGACGGUUAAUACAAUUUUAUAUGACGACGAAAAAUACUGUAUCUGUUUCACCAUUAAGAGAAGGUCGUGACAAACCAAUCUGGGAUGUAUUUGUACAACCGAAAUUAACCCACAUUACAAUGGAGAAAGAUGGAUCUCGCACGAAAACGGAAAACGUGGUUCAUCAAUACAAAGCCUUAUUUUAUAAAGACGAAAAACUCAAUAACCGUGUAUUUGUUCAAGGAGAACCCGGUAUUGGGAAGACUACAUUUCUUACUAAACUGGCGCUUGACUGGUGUGAUGUUGCAAUUUCGCCCAAUCAGGAACACAAGACUACAUUUAGUGAUGUCGAUACGUUGAAGGAGUUCAAGUUUCUCUUUUACAUAUCACUAAGAGAUGCAAUGGACAAGCGUGAGGUUAUAGAGAUGAUCAAAACACAAAUAAUCGACAGUAUUUAUGAUGGUGAUAAACGCGAAGAGACCCUAAAUCUGUUACCACAAAUCCUAGAACGAGAGACAUGCAUCGUCGCUAUGGAUGGGCUUAAUGAAUGGAUUGAUCGUUUGAAUAAAUGCGUUAUACCUUUACUUGGACACUGUUAUAUAAAGUGCGUAUCUAUAAUUACAUCACGGCCAUGGAAAAUGACGGAUGAGCGAAUCAAAGAUUCUGAAAUUAACAGUUUAAUAGAAAUUGAAGGACUAAUUGAUUCCGAAGAAUUAGCAAAGCACAUUAUACACAGUCUUUCGACUGGUAAUGUAAAAACACACACUGAAUUCAUGAAUUACGUAAACGAACGUCAAUUGAGGCAUUUUCUUACGUCACCCUGGCUACUAACUGUGUUAGUCAAUUUGUGGAUGAACGAUAAGGUCUUUACGGAUUCACUGUGUCAAAUAAAUUGUAUUCUAAUAGACAUACUCUUUAAGAAUGCAAAUGCGAAAAUGGGCUAUUUUCAAAAAGGGAAUCGUUUUCAGUGUUUAUACAAUACACGUUUUAUUCAGCAGCAGAUCGAUAUUUUUGAUGCGCUUGCGAAUGCUGCGUUUAAUGUUACCUUUACAUCAAACAAAUCCUUAGUGUUCACCGAGCGGGAAUUAUUGAACUACAUGUCAGAAGAUCAGUUGAAAUUUUGCCUUCAUGCUGGUGUAUUAACGAAAAGAUACAGCUUCAACAUAGAACCAUGGGAUGCACAGUUUUCAUUUAUACACGAGACAGUACAGGAAUUCAUGGCUGCCUAUCAUAUCGCAAAUUCAACGCAAGACCUCUUAACACAUUUCGAAACCGUAUUGAAAUGUAGUGUGCUAGAAAUGAGUCAAACAAUACUUUAUCUGUGUGGACUUGACUGUAACAAAGCUAAUAAACUAAUUAACUUUCUAGUCGACGACAAAUUCCUCAAAGACAUCAGCUGUGGACGUAGAUUAUACAUAAUGGGACUUUAUGAUCGGGAACAUUUAGAAACAUUUCAGACUUUCAAUUUCCUAAACAUAAACGUUUUUAAAUCAAAGCAUGAUCUGAAGGAUGACCGUGCACGUUGCGUAGCACUUUCAGUAUUGUUCCAGCGCAUGGUCAUAGCUGGUUGCAAAGAGGCGCAAGCAAGCGGUCAAAAUGACAUGUGCAUACAGUGUAGACACUUUUCAUUUAUUUCAUCUCUAAAUGAAUCGGAAUCGAGCGCUUUGAAAGUACUUUUAAUGUUCAACAAGUCAGAUGUUCAGUCCCUUAUUUUAGAAAGUAAUGUUCUUCAAAUAAGCGAAAUACUGACAGUACUUAAACAAUCUAAACAUAGUCUACAGAGCAUUAAGAUGACGGUUACUCCAGAAAUGAAUAAAGCAUUACAUCAGACGCGCAUACAGGAGAUGCACAUUACCGGGGAAAUUGAUGAAUUAUCGUCCGGUGUACUUCCAUCAUUGUCUAAAUUAACGAUUUUAAAAAUAGAGGACUCGAUCAUUUUAGAAGACAUUCUUCUACCUUACACAAUACAAUAUAUUUCUUUAUUUCGGUGUACGUGUACUGCUCUGUUUACACGACGGUUACUAGCGCAAUUAUCAUCAUUUGAACACGAUGUUCAUUGUGUUUUAGAUGAUGUAAAUGUAACCGAUUAUCAUCCUGUCACGUGUAAGAUGUGGGGUGUUGUUUUGCAGUCAAUAGAACAAUCCAAUGAAGAUGAUUCAAAUACAAAUGUAUCUGACUUGCGAUCUAAAAUAUUGGCAUGUGACCUGCCCAAUAUCAAGAUAUUAGUAAACAAUGGCAAUAUGGAACUUUUUGAAUUACUUCGUGAAACAAGUACAAGGAUUCUAGACCUGAGAACCGCUGAGUGUGCUUCAUUAGCAUCAACAAUUCUUCACACGCUCAAUAAGCUAACGAAACUGUAUUUAUGGGGAACCUAUAUGGGUCGAUGUGAACUCAAUCUGCCGGAUUCAUUACAAUGUAUAAGCCUCCAAAAAGUCGAAUGUUCAUCUGAGUGGUUGUAUGGCUUGUUGAUCACGCUGUCUUCACUAGAUCAUCCUGUCACUAUUGACAUUAGGGAUGUUGUUUUGCAGUCAAUAGAACAAUCCAAUAAAGAUGAUUCAAAUACAAAUGUAUCUGACUUGCGAUCUAAAAUAUUGUCAUGUGACAUGCCCAAUAUCGAGAUAUUAGUAAACAAUUGCAAUAUGGAACUUUUUGAAUUACUUCGUGAAACAAGUACAAGGAUUCUAGACCUGAGAACCGCUGAGUGUGCUUCAUUAGCAUCAACAAUUCUUCACACGCUCAAUAAGCUAACGAAACUGUAUUUAUGGGGAACCUAUAUGGGUCGAUGUGAACUCAAUCUGCCGGAUUCAUUACAAUGUAUUAGCCUCCAAAAAGUCGAAUGUUCAUCUGAGUGGUUGUAUGGCUUGUUGAUCACGCUGUCUUCACUAGAUCAUCCUGUCACGAUUGAGAUGUGGGAUGUUGUUUUGCAGUCAAUAGAACAAUCCAAUGAAGAUGAUUCAAAUACAAAUGUAUCUGACAUGCGAUCUAAAAUAUUGUCAUGUGACAUGCCCAAUAUCGAGAUAUUAGUAAACAAUGGCAAUAUGGAACUUUUUGAAUUACUUCGUGAAACAAGUACAAGGAUUCUAAACCUGAGAACCGCUGAGUGUGCUUCAUUAGCAUCAACAAUUCUUCACACGUUCAAUAAGCUAACGUUACUGUAUUUAUGCGGAACCUAUAUGGGUCGAUCAUCAGCAAUUCUACACACGCUGAAUAGGCUAACGAAGCUGUUUUGA